UUCCUCCCCAAGUUAUUGUGUUGGAUUACCGAGUUUUGUGGAGAAGAUCAAGAUGAAUGCUUUAUCUUCCUCUUCUUUGUGUGUGGCCCACCGAGCUAUUUUUGUCCAUGGACCAUGGCACCUUAGGAAAGGGUGCACCCAUAUCCGAAAGAGCAAGCCAGGCUCACUGCUCAUGGCCCAUGCAUCUCUAGACGAGGCUACCAAAGCCAGGAACAAGAAGGCUGAAAGGGACGCAUACCUCUUCGCCGCUCUCGCUUCCUCUCUCGGCCUCUCUUCCAUGGCCGCUGGAGCCGUUUAUUAUCGUUUUGCAUGGCAAAUGGGUGGGGAUAUUCCAUUGGAGGAGGCGUUUGGGACGUUCGCUUUAGCUGUUGGAGCUACGGUAGGAAUGGAACAUUGGGCACGUUGGGCCCACAGAGCACUAUGGCAUUCUUCUCUUUGGAGUAUGCACGAGUCCCACCACAGGCCAAGGGAGGGCCCAUUUGAAUUGAAUGAUGUGUUCGCCAUCAUCAACUGCAUACCCGCAAUAUCUCUGAUGGCCUGUGGCUUCUUCAACAGUGGACUUCUUUCCAGCCUCAGCUUCGGAACGGGGCUAGGAAUUACAGUUUACGGAAUGGCCUACAUGUUCGUCCAUGAUGGUCUUAUUCACAAAAGAUUCCCGGUGGGCCCGAUAGCCGACUUCCCCUAUUUACAAAAGGUGGCAGCUGCACAUCAGCUUCACCAUGCAGACAAAUUCAACGGCGUUCCCUACGGACUCUUUCUGGGGCCCAAGGAACUAGAAGAGGUGGGCGGUUCGGAAGAGCUGGAGAGAGUGAUCAAGGCGAGAAAACGGCAUCAGGAAGAGGCAUCUAACCAAGGAUAGAAGCAAUGGGAUGUUUGUGCAUUGUACAUAGCACUAGCGGUAUUAUAUAAUGCUAGCGAAGAGAGAUCAAUACCUUUGGGUUUUCAGUUUGUACAAGUGGGGCCCAUAGUUUGAUGCCCAAAAACGUUGAUAUGAUGGGGCUCAAAAUGGACGGUCCAUGCACCAGAAAUCCCCCAGAAAUGAAGAUCCUAGCUAUAGGAAUAUUUACUCUGUUAACUGUUGAACGGGAAAUGUUGAUGUAUCUUCUUUCUUAAUCUUUUUCUUCUUCUUAAAUAUUAUUUUAUAAAA